AUGGCAGAAGAAUGCACAAUGGAUACUUCACCACGACUACUACCGCGUUCUCCUAGACCUGAAACACAACUAACUCCGAGUUGGACCAAGGAGUGGUUCCCUUGCUGCCCUGAAGAGGAAAAGCCGUAUUUGGGAAAGAUUUUCCCAACUCUAGAGGAUGGAAUUAAUUUCUACAAGAAUUAUGCUAAAAUAUGCCACUUUGUUAUGCGACUGUCCUCAACAACCAUGAUUGCAGGUAAAAUUGUCUCUUUGAAGCAUUGUUUAUGCAAUAAGGCAGGGUUCAAAGAAGUAAGGAACAAUAAGCAGGAAGGUAAAACCAGGGAAAGUGGCACUCAUCAACGUAGAACAAAGGUCACUAGAACUGGUUGCAAGGCUAAAUGUGUGCUCAAAUACUAUGCUGAAGAUAGAACCUAUAGGGUAUUGGUUUUUCAUGAAGGUCAUAACCAUUGUCUCGCUAGUCCUAUGUCUUAUCAAUACUUGAAAAGUUCAAGGAAAAUGACAAUGAUGCAGAAAAACUUCAUAGUUAACAAUGCAAGAGUAAAUAUAGGACCGGUCAAAUCAUUCCGGAUGUAUAAAGAACAAGUAGGAGGCUAUGGGAAUGUUGGUGCUACACUUCAAGAUUUCAAGAAUUUCCACAGGGAUAUGAAAGAGUACAUCAAAGAUCAAGAUGGGAAGAUACUGAUUGAGAAUUUUCUGAUGAAAAGAGAUGUAUUUGAGGGAUUUUACUUCGAUUAUGAACUUGAUGACGAGUAUCAUAUUUGUCGACUAUUCUGGGCAGAUGCUAUUUGUCGGAAAAAUUAUAGGUUGUUUGGUGACAUGGUUUCUUUUGAUGCUACAUACGACACUAACAAGUACUCGAUGGCUUUUGUGCCAUUCACAAGAGUUGACCAUCAUAAGUCUUGCAUUAGUUUUGGUGUGGGUUUCAUUGGAAGAGAAACUGCAGAAUCAUUCGAAUGGCUAUUAAGGACUUUCCUUCAAGCGAUGAGGAACUAUGAGCCUACAUCACAGACCAAGAUCCAGCGAUGA